AUCAUGUCUCACUCAGGUGCUCAGGGCAGUAUCGGCAGUCACUCUGCCAUUGGGCUGCGCAAUCACAAGAUAUACCUCUAUGAAUAUGAGAACUUCCAAGGGCGUAGGAUGGACCUGUUUGGAGAGUGCCGUAACAUGAGUGAGAAGGGCUUUGACAGAAUCGGCUCCAUCAGGGUGGAGUGUGGACCCUGGGUGGGUUAUGAGCAGCAGAACAUGACCGGUGAGAUGUUCAUACUGGAGAAGGGAGAGUAUCCCCGCUGGGACACCUGGUCCAACAGCUACAGGUGUGACCGCUUCAUGUCGGUCAGGCCCGUCCGAAUGGAUCCCCAAGACCACAAGAUUUGCCUGUAUGAAUGUCCAAACUUCGAGGGUCGUAAGAUGGAGGUGUGUGAUGAGGAUAUUCCAAGCCUGUGGUCUUAUGGCUUCCAGGACCGUGUUGCCAGCAUUCAGGUCACUGGUGGAACUUGGGUGGGCUACCAGUACCCUGGCUACCGUGGCUUCCAGUAUGUGUUCGAAAUGGGCCCUUACAAGCACUGGAAUGACUGGGGAGCCCACCACCCCCAGAUCCAGUCCAUCCGCAGGGUGAGAGACAUGCAGACGCACCGCAGGGGCUGCUUCGAGAUGACCGCAUAG